UUGUGGGAGGAGUGUUUGUCUGGUCUGCCCCCCCCGUUCCUCCUUGUGCUUCAUUAGAGGGGAGGGGUGUAUGUCUGAUUCUCCCCCUCAUCCUCCUCCAAAAACUAGGGCAUUUUCUUGUAUUUGUGUGUAGUGUGUGUGUCUAGCUCUCUCAUAAUAAUAACCCCUUUGACGCUUCGCUUGCUGCUUAGGUUGCAAGGAGGAAGCGCAGUAACCAGCCGCUGGUUGCCGAGCGAUGUGAGGCGGGAGACUCCCCAUUUGCCUGCCUGUCUGCCUCUCUCGCUCUUUCUCUCCUCCUUCCCAGUCCUUUUCCCUCCGUCCCCUCCUCCGGUGGAGCCGCCUGCCCGCCCCGCCGCUCUCCUUUCCCUUCCCUUCCUUCUUUCCCUCCCUCCCCGCCAUGCCGGACCAGAUCUCCGUGUCGGAAUUCGUGUCCGAGACCAAUGAGGAUUACAAGUCGCCCACCGCCUCCAACUUCACCACCCGGAUGGUGCAGUGCCGGAACACCGUGGCGGCCAUCGAAGAGGCACUGGAUGUUGACCGAACUGUUCUUUAUAAAAUGAAGAAAUCUGUAAAAGCCAUAAAUAUUUCUGGGCUGGCUCAUGUGGAAAAUGAAGAACAAUACACUCAAGCACUGGAAAAAUUUGGAGGAAACUGCGUCUGUAGGGAUGAUCCAGAUUUAGGAACAGCGUUUUUAAAAUUUGCUGUAUUUACAAAGGAGUUGACGGCACUCUUCAAAAACUUGAUCCAGAACAUGAACAAUAUAAUCACUUUUCCACUGGACAGUUUGCUGAAGGGAGAUCUGAAAGGAGUGAAAGGGGAUCUGAAGAAACCUUUUGAUAAAGCAUGGAAAGACUAUGAAACAAAAGUGACGAAAAUAGAAAAAGAGAAAAAGGAACAUGCUAAGUUACACGGAAUGAUCCGUACAGAAAUAAGUGGGGCUGAAAUAGCAGAAGAGAUGGAGAAAGAGAGACGGUUCUUUCAGUUACAAAUGUGUGAGUACCUCCUGAAAGUCAAUGAGAUCAAGAUUAAAAAAGGAGUUGACUUGCUUCAAAACCUGAUCAAGUAUUUCCAUGCACAGUGCAACUUCUUUCAAGAUGGUUUGAAAGCGGUCGAAAGCCUCAAACCUUCAAUAGAGAAGCUCUCCACAGAUCUUCACACAAUUAAGCAAGUACAAGAUGAAGAAAGAAAGCAAUUAAUUCAACUUAGGGAUAUUUUAAAAACUGCACUUCAGGUUGAUCAGAAAGAGGAUUCUCAGCUCCGUCAGAGUACAACUUAUAGUUUACAUCAGCCUCAGGGAAAUAAGGAGCAUGGCACUGAAAGAGAUGGAAGCCUCUAUAAGAAAAGUGAUGGAAUCAGAAAAGUGUGGCAGAAGAGGAAGUGCACGGUUAAAAAUGGUUUCCUUACAAUUUCCCAUGGUACAGCAAACCGACCUCCUGCAAAGCUCAAUCUGUUAACUUGCCAAGUGAAAACAAAUCCAGAAGAGAAAAAAUGUUUUGACCUCAUAUCACAUGACCGAACAUAUCAUUUCCAAGCAGAGGAUGAACAGGACUGUCAAAUUUGGAUCUCCGUGCUACAGAACAGUAAAGAAGAAGCUUUAAAUAAUGCAUUCAAAGGUGAUGAUAACACAGGAGAAAACAACAUUGUCCAAGAAUUGACAAAGGAAAUAAUCUCUGAUGUACAGAGGAUGCCUGGAAAUGACAUGUGCUGUGACUGUGGAGCACAAGAUCCUACAUGGCUCUCAACAAACCUUGGCAUUUUAACUUGCAUUGAAUGUUCAGGGAUCCAUCGAGAACUGGGUGUCCACUAUUCUAGAAUGCAGUCACUCACAUUAGAUGUGCUGGGAACAUCUGAAUUGCUGCUUGCCAAAAAUAUUGGGAAUGCAGGUUUCAAUGAGAUUAUGGAAUUUUAUUUGCCUGGAGAUGAAAUAGUGAAACCCAAUCCGAGCAGUGAUAUGAAUGCAAGAAAAGAUUAUAUUAAUGCCAAAUAUAUUGAAAGAAAAUAUGCAAGGAAAAAACACUCAGACAAUGCGGCUAAACUACAAAGCCUCUGUGAAGCAGUCAGAACAAGAGACAUUUUUGGAUUGGUUCAAGUGUAUGCUGAGGGUGUGGAUCUAACAGAGAAAAUUCCACUAGCAAAUGGGCAUGAACAAGAUGAAACUGCCCUUCAUCUUGCUGUGCGAUCAGUUGAUCGGACCUCACUUCACAUAGUUGACUUCUUGGUGCAGAACAGUGGCAACCUUGACAAGCAGACAUGUAAAGGUAGCACCGCUCUGCAUUACUGCUGUUUGACAGAUAAUGUUGAGUGCCUCAAACUGCUACUGAGAGGGAAGGCUUCCAUCGAAAUAGCCAACGAAGCUGGAGGGACACCACUUGAUAUAGCUAAACGCUUAAAACACACACGCUGUGAAGAACUGCUCACGCAAGCCCUGGCUGGAAGGCUUAAUUCUCAUGUUCAUGUUGAAUAUGAGUGGCGAUUACUUCAUGAAGAUCUGGAUGAAAGUGAUGAUGAUGUGGAUGAAAAGUUGCAGCAACCAAGCCCUAAUAGAAGGGAGGAUAGACCUGUAAGUUUCUAUCAGCUAGGAUCAAGCCAGCUGCAGCCUAAUGUGGCAUCUUUGGCAAGAGAUGCUGCAAAUAUAGCCAAGGACAAGCAAAGAGGCUUUAUGCCAAGCCUCUUACAGAAUGAGACCUAUGGAGCCGUACUCAGUAGUAGCCCACCUCCUACCCAGCCUACAGCGCCUGUUGCAAGUGCACCUCCCUUGCCUCCCAGGAAUAUUGGAAAAGUUCAGUCUUCAUUUCUUGGCAGUGCUGUUCAGACAACUCCUUCAUCGAACACACUGUGGAAGACAAAUUCUUUAGGAAUGGAAAGCAUAAGCAGGCAGAGGUCUUCAUCAGAUCCACCAACUGUCCAUCCCCCUGUUCCGCCAUUGCGUGUAACAUCUACAAAUAUACUCUCUUCAGCACCACCUCCAGUUGCAAAGACAGCCAGUGUUCUUGAAGCUUUAAACCAGCAGUCAAAACAGCCAGCUCUUCCACAGCCCAAACCUACACCACCACCACUUCCUCCACAGCCUCCAAGUAGAAUUUCUCAGAAAAAGCCAGCUUCUGGGGUUGACAAAUCGUCCAGCUUCACUAACAAGAGUAAAGGACCUGGAUCUCUGCAGCAAUCUUCUGGAGAAUCUUCAUCUUCGUCUGCCUCUGAGAUUUCUGGGUCACAAAUUGUCCCUUCUGCAAAUGUGUCAGUACCAGUCCAACCUCCAGCUCCAUUGCCAAGGAAGUCACAAAUAUCAAAAACGAAGCCCAAGAGGGUAAAAGCCAUUUUUAACUGCGUAGCAGAUAAUCCAGAUGAGCUAACAUUUUCAGAGGGUGAUAUCAUCAUAGUUGAUGGUGAAGAAGAUCAGGAGUGGUGGAUUGGGCAUAUUGAUGGAGAUCCCAACCGGAAAGGAGCUUUCCCCGUAUCAUUUGUGCACCGUAAUGUUGAUUAAACUGCUCCUUGCAGGUGGAGAAACUUUCCAUUUCCAGAUUUCACUGGAGCUCUCUGCCUGUAAUUAGAUGAUUUACCAGGAUACUUCGUGAAUGAUACACCAUAGUUGACUCUUCAUUACUGCAAGUCAUACGAUGGAACUUAAGAUUUUUGACUCGCCCAUGGAAGGUUUGCUUUUUAGUAGCAGUUCCACUCAAAUAUUUUCAUUGUGAAUUGGAAGGCCCUGAAAACAUAACACAAGAUGCCAAAUCUAUGAAAAAAUAUGUGAAACUGAUUUCAAAUGUGUUGGCAUCAAAUCCUCCUUUUAAAUUUUCUCAGUAACCUAGGCACCAUGGUUUUCUCUUCAACAAGCAAGGAAAUUUCUGACACACAUAACAGGGCUCAGAGUGGCAGACUAGCUAAGAGAUUAAUGGCUUGAUUGCACUAAUAUAUUGCAUUUCAGUGCCAAUAUCAGGUGCCUCUAAUGAAUAUCUGGUCUUUGCACUCAGCAUCUUGAAACCUGUCUCAGGACAAUGUAGCUGCAGUGAAAACUCAAGUUUUAAGAGUAGCAAUUUCUCCUGCUCUUCCUCAGUAUGCUACAAAAACACGAGCAUAUAAAAUCUAACCAUCACUGAAUACUUGUCCACAUCCAUUGGCUGAGAUGAGUUUUGCGGGCUUGGGGUGGAGUACUUACUACUUUGUGAAAGUGCACUGAAGUCCUAGAAGAGUGCUGACUGGUGUAUCUAAGGACAAACAUUUUUUUUGCAGACUAAUUGUCUCUCUGCUGCUUGGUGGUUAUUUGUUCAGACAAGACACAAGUAUCAUGUGCAUAGGACUGGGCUCUUCCAGCACAUUCAUUUUCCUACUGAAGCCUACCACAAAAAUCUCUCAGAUUUUGAUGCAUUGGAAUUGGCUAUAGGCACUCCUCACAUGUGAUAAAUAUAUACUUGCCAAUAACCCUUAGGCAGAAACGCUUACAAUUUUGAAAAACUGAGUCCAGUAAGGGUCCAAAACAGGCACUAAUGGAGUCUUAAGCACAUAAUGUAGGUGCUGAUAGGAUCUAGGAUGCUAACAGGAUCUAUUAUCCUGUCCCAUAGUAAUGCAAAGGAAGGGAUGGGAAACAGUCAUCAAUUUACGGGGUUAUGAAAGAAGAGUAUUAUUGAGUCCCUCCCUACCUUUCCCAUCUCCCACACAUAUGAUGAGGAGGAACCUUUAAGAUGAAGUAGCUCCAUGCAGAAGUGGAUGUUCCAGCUCUAUGUAUCUCCUCAAGGGGAAAGCUAUCCCUAAAAGCUGUAGAAUGUGCUGCAAUCCCUGAAGGAGGGUGUCUCUCCUGACAAAAGGAAAGCCCCAUAGCCAAUGAAGGGGGUGGACUUGUCACAAGAGAAUACAAGUAAAGCCUUUGGUUUCCUAACAGCAACCAAUUUGUCUAGGCAGAAAUAGAUCCCACUAUAUAUCCAGUUUCCGCCAUUAUUUCAUGCUAGUAAAUUGGUUUCAGGGAAAAGGAUAAAAAAAUCUGACUCUUAUGAUCUGUGGACAUUAACUCUAUAGGAAAUGGCAUUUUUCAGGUUGUUUGAAUCCUGGAAAAAAGCAAUAGCCUUGCAGCAGAUACACAAGAAAUGAGUAGCUCCAUACUUAAUUGUAUGAAAAAGCUUGCUAGAAAGAUCCUCAGCUCCACUAAAGAAAUAUUUUAAUAAUUUGAUGUAGAUAUUUACUUCAAACCCUGAAUCUGCUUACCUCAUAUUUUGUAAAUAUGAGGUCAUACUUUUAUAUACUAAAUAUACAUUUAAUGUAUAUUUUAUUUUAUUCUUAAGUCAUCAAUGAGUAACAAAAACCCCUGACGAUAUUACUGGUAAAUAAAUGUGAAUUACAUUUCAUGAAAUUUUACUUGCAAAUAUUUUCUUUGAACACGAAAAUGUCUGGUUUUUUUUUUUUUAAAAAAGCACAUGGUAGUAUGUUCAUACAUAGACUAUUGUCAUGGGACAAUAUAGUAAGGUAGCAAUCCAAACACCCUCUUGUAUUAAGGUAUACACCACUGUCCUGCAAGCAAUUCAAUAUCUGUUUGCAGACUUACACUGUGUGCUUAAUUCUAGAACAUGGUAGUUAACACUGUUAAUAAUUGUGAAUAGAUUUCAUAAUACCAAAUUGCUAGACAAUUACAAAACAUAACAAUGUCCUUUUAAUGUUUGUAUAUUGUGAUAUUGUAAGUUUUUACUUUGCAUAUGCUACCAAAAUGUGCACUGGUAGCAUAGAAUUAGAAUAUCAAUGUCCAGGUCACAUUGGCUUUGAUCACAAGUUUUGUGACUAUUGUAUCUCUAGAUUUAUCAAGAGAACUUUGAAUUUCUGACGCAGAAAUUACGUACAUAUUGGCUAGCAUAGGUUGAAAUAGCUGGGGGAAACAGGCCAAUUGGCAUAUUUAUAUUUGGGGUGAGGUGCUGGAUCUCACCCUUUUGACUGCCUUGCUAAAGUGGUACAUUAUGGGGCAACUUGUCAGAUGUUUGGUGCAAACCAGUCAGCUUAUAUUAAAAAACUCAAGUUAAUGCAAGCUAUUGCAGUGUAUAUGGGGACAAACUGGAAUGUUGCAAGAUACUUUGUUGCAAGUUUUAAAGUUAAGUCUGCAUAUUCAAAGUUCCCACUAAAUAUAUAUGUAUAUUAGAAUAAUAGUUUGCCACUGCAAAUUUAUUCAGCUGCUGAUGGAUUCAGUUUGGCUUUUGACACUAUUGUUAUGCUUGCAUUCCUGGUAAAUUAGCAAACGAAUCAGUACAUUAUUUUGCACAAUUCACUUAUGUACAGUAUUUUUAACACAGAAUCUUACAGUUAAUCUCAUGUAUGAAAUAAGACUUUGGAACUUUAUUUGGCCCUUAAAAAUCUCACAUUGGCCAGGAUCCAAGGAACUUCACAAAUAGUUGUAUGUACCCAGAGGAGGGAGGCUUGGACUUGAAAAUAGCUUCUCCUGUCAAGCAUCAUUUGAAGCCCUGUCAUAUCAGAGAACAAAAAGUCAAAUUUCACUUGAAUAUGCCUUAGAUGCAUCUCAAGUAGAUGUUUAGAGCCCAGCUUUAGUGUAGAAACUUUCAGAUGUCCUGACGAAAGCUUAAUCAUGGCCACUGGAAGAUUUAGAGAAAUAAUAUUUUCUCACACUACAGGGUGAAGGCACUAGGCUUGUAACAUAAAGACUUCCCUUUGGAGUUCAUGUUUGUAUCUAUGGCACUAUUUGACCUAUUUAAAGUUAGAUAUCCUGGAUUUAAAAAAAACAGCCAGAUGGUACAAUUUCCAGGUCAUGUCAUCUUUCACAGUUGACAACAGGGGCUGGUGAUAGCAAACUGCUACUGAGCACAUAAAAUGACUUUGGUUAACUGUUUUAAAAAGGAGUAUAAGACACCUAAAAUGCAGUUCAGAAUGCUACUUGAGAUGUAUAAUUUUCAACGUUAUGGUUUUAAUUGUUUAGUUGCAGAGCAACUGUAUACAUUGUAUAACCCAAAUCCUUAUUUUUAGUGUCUGGAUGCAGUGAUUUAUAAUUGGAGCAUGAUUAAUUUUACUUAUGUUGAGCUAGUCACUUGACUGAA